UCCGGAACUUCCUGUCCUGGUCGUGCUCCGCGAUCUCAGAGUAGCGAUGCGGCCCUGGCUGUUGUGGGGCGUUGCCCGGUGCCUCUGGGCCCGCCCGGCUGUGGGUCCGGCCCGCCGGCCUCUAAGCUACGGUAGCCUGCCACUGGAAGAACUGUUCUCCAGCGGCGGGCCUUUGCGGACCUUCCUUGAGCGCCAGGCAGGGUCUGAAACCCAGUUGCAGGUCAGGCCUGAGUUGGUGGCGGUGGCCAAACGGCUGAGCGAGAAGGAGCAGGAGCUGCGAGAGACCGAGCACCUGCUGCACGAUAAGAAUGAAGAUUUAAGGAAACUUGCAGAAAAUGAAAUAACUUUGUGUCAAAAAGAAAUAACUCAGUUGAAGCAUCAGAUUAUCUUACUUUUGGUUCCCUCAGAAGAAACAGAUGAAAACGAUUUGAUCCUGGAGGUGACUGCAGGAGUUGGGGGUCAGGAGGCAAUGUUGUUCACUUCAGAGAUAUUUGAAAUGUAUCAGCAAUAUGCUGCUUUUAAAAGAUGGCAUUUUGAAACCCUGGAAUAUUUUCCAAGUGAAAUAGGUGGCCUUAGACAUGCAUCUGCCAGCAUUGGGGGUUCAGAAGCCUAUAAGCAUAUGAAAUUUGAAGGAGGUGUGCACAGAGUACAAAGAGUGCCAAAGACAGAGAAGCAAGGCCGCAUCCAUACUAGCACCAUGACUGUGGCAAUAUUACCCCAGCCUACUGAGAUUAACCUGGUGAUUAAUCCUAAAGAUUUGAGAAUUGACACUAAGCGAGCCAGUGGAGCUGGGGGGCAGCAUGUAAACACCACGGACAGUGCUGUCCGGAUAGUUCACCUUCCAACAGGUGUUGUUUCUGAAUGCCAACAAGAGAGAUCUCAGCUGAAAAAUAGAGAGAUGGCUAUGAAAAAGUUACGUGCAAAACUGUACAGCAUGUAUCUAGAAGAAGAAACAAGUAAAAGAUACAAUGCUAGAAAGAUUCAGGUUGGAACUAAAGGAAGGUCAGAGAAAAUAAGAACAUAUAAUUUUCCACAGAACCGGGUCACAGAUCACAGAAUAAACAAGUCACUACAUGAUCUUGAAACUUUUAUGCAAGGAGAUUAUCUACUGGAUGAACUUGUACAGUCACUGAAGGACUAUGCUGAUUAUGAAUCUUUAGUAGAAAUUAUUUCUCAAAAAGUUUAAGUUGAUUUGUUAUUAAAGACUUUUUAUAGCUUAGAAAAUUUCUAUUAUAGCAAAUCAUAUUGUAUGUAAAUAGUCACCUGUAUUCUCUUGAAAAACAAGAAUUAACACAGUUGGAAGUAAUAUGCAUAUUCUUGAGACCUAGAUAAUUUAUAUAAAUACUUCUCAAUGCAUCAGUAAAAAACAUACAAUAUACAGAUGUUCCUCCAUUUACAAUGGAGCUACUUCCCAAUAAAACCAUCAUAAGUCAAAAAUAUCUUAAAUUCAUUUAAUACUAGCAACACAACACAGCACACAGUCCCCUACUUAAGGAUGGUUUAACU